UUUACUUUGCCAUUCGUUUGGAACAACACCGCCGAGAUCAACAAGGGCGAUGGUUGAUGAAGUGAGACACCGCGGGAAGGCCCCGCCCUUCUCCUUCCCGGGCAGGGCCGCCGAAGCAGCAACAGCGAACGCGAACGCGAAGGAACAGCAACACAAGCGCGCCGUGGAGAAAAAGAGCGGCGCCAGCAGCAACAACAACAACAACCCACAGGCCGAACACCGCAGCGCUUCGUCGAUGCCGGCAGCAACGGCCGGACAGAGAGGGAAGAAGGUCUCCGCCCUAAUCAACCGCGGCGUGGAGUGGGAGACGUGGUUGGUGGGGCUGCAGCAUAAGCUGUUGCUCGGGGUGGCGCCGACAGAGGAUGUGGUAGGCCCUCCUUUGGGAAAGAAGCGGGAGAGAAACGACUCCGGUAAUAAUAAUGUUGCUUGCGGAUGCGGCUGGGGCAACACGGUUGCUUCCGCGCCUUCAAGGUCGGGGCAGCAGCAGCAGCAGCGCAGUUCUGGGUGCAAGCGGUGCGGCAGAAAGCGGUACCUCUACAGAAUGGUGGCGGCCGCCGCAGACAUCAGCGAGAGGGCGUCUUUUCACCGGGGGUUCCUGUGCUGGACGUACGCCUCUAGGCUCCUGGCGGCCGGCUUUUUCUUCCUCGUAGCGGUGUACCUGAACGCCCUGGCCACCAUGGUCGCCACCCACCGCAACCCGUACGCGAUGCUGCUCGACCGCUCGGGGGAGCCCUUGGGAGCGCACACGCUGCCCGACCUUGGGCACGACUUGUGGGCUUUGCUCUUGAACAGGCUCGGGCAUCACACGGAUUACAUCGACGAGCACGCCCUCCCAGACCGCAUGGUGUCUUUCGCGGGGAUGGUGGGCGACCUCUUCAUCCUGUGCCACCCGCAGCGCUUGAAGAUCAUGCGCAGGGUCUUCAUCAUCUUCGGGACGGUGCUGAUGAUGCGGGCGGUGUCUGUGUCGGUGACGGUGCUCCCGGACGCGUCGCCUGUGUGUCGCGAGAGAUUUGAGGAGGACGCGGCUAUCGCGGAGCUCUUCCCCGGCGCAUUUUUGGAGGCGGCGAGAUUCGUAUGGUCGCCCACAAGCUUUGUCACCUGCGGCGACAUGGUCUUCUCGGGGCACACGACCUGCCUGGUGAUGGUGGCGAUGACCUUCCGGAGGUACUGCCGCGCCUCGGAGCUCCAGACGAAGGUCCUCCUAAGGGGUUUCCACCUGUCCGAAGGCGUCUUGUCGGCGGUGAGACGGGCGGUCUACGCGUACGUGGCCCUGGGGGCCCUGGUGAUCAUCGGGUCCAAGCUGCACUACACGCUGGACGUUCUGCUGGCUGUUCUCGUUACCUUCUGGCGGAGAAGGGGGGGGGGGAUGGGGAGGGGCGGCGUGGUCGUGCUCACGCGAAAAGGCUGUGCGCAGUUCUUCAUUUGCUCCAUGCUGCUGCAUCCCUAG